GCGGGCAGGCAGGGGCCCCGGCGGCGCCCGGCGCUCCCCGCGGGCCUGGCUGCGCGGGGCCAGGAGCGGGGCCCGCGCGGACACCCGCGUAACGGUGCGGCCGCGGCUGACGCAACGCCGGCGGGGCGGGGCGGGAGCUGCAACCCACCCCCCACCUCCCCCCCCCCGGCCUCCGCCAGGGCUGCGCGUCCCCCCGCGAACGGCCGGCGUGAGCGGCGCCGCGCAGAGCUGCCCCCGACAUUCUGUUGCCUUCGACAGAAAGGGUUUUGCGGCUGGUGGUUGUGGCUUGGUGUUUGCUGAGGGUUUUUUUUGUUGCUUUGUUUGUUUGUUUUUCUUUUUUCUUUUUUUACCGUUGGAUUUUUAUGGCAUAGAACCGUAGAGAUUUUCUUCAGUAGUUACGACAUGGACAAGUAGACCUGUUCCAUGGCUUUGGAGACAAGUUGACCAGACACGAAAUCUUCUACUUGUAGAAGGAACAUCCAGGGUUUUUUUUGCCAGAAAUCUGUAGAGAGACAAAGCUGACUAGUUGUAGUUCAUUUUGUGUUUUGUACUAAAGCUGCAGAUGCGGUAAUAUUUUCACUCACAUAAACAUUUAGGUACAGUAGUAUGAAAUUCAGUAUUCUGUUCAAAUAGUGUUUCUUUCUAGUCGAUUCUAACUUUGUAUUCUAGCACUGACUCAGAACAAACUGCAGUGCAUUCUUUUAAAUUACAGAGGGGUAGCUGGGGAGGGCAAAUUAUUCUACAGCUGCAAAAGUUGUCAACUACACACUACAGAAACAGGAGGUGUGUAGCGAGACACAAGUAAAACACUUAAACUGAGUCUGACUAGUCUUUCCACAGUCAUAUGUGACUGUCUUAUUUUUAUAAAUCAAACGAAUAUGGCAGUCUACAGUGUUGCGUUCCAAUUACUAAUUUCUUAAACUCAGAAUAUUUUUUUGCAUUUGUUUUCCUUGACAUUGUUACUUGUGUAAGAGCUGACCCAGACUAGAAAAAGGGGUGGUUAUUUUCUUCAAGAUUUAAUCCUCUACAGUAGGUGCUAUCUUCAGGAAUGUUUGCUGACAGUACUGGUGUACAUGCAGUUCUUGUGGAGGUUGCCUUUUUGUAAAUGGCCUCUUCCUGAUCUAGGAAAGGCCAGAGGUAUUGCCAUGGAGAGAACUAUAAAGGCUCUGCAUUAAAAUUAGGUGAGUGGAGGUCAUACGUGCUCUUGCCAUUUACAUGUAACCUUAGGUAAAGAUACAGUUUUGGGAGUGCAACAUCUGAUAGGAAUUUAUUUACCCAAAUAUUUGGAACAUUGUCAGUGAUGGUCUAAAACUGCUGAGAAUGAGCCAUUUCACUCUCCAGCUAAGCUAGCUGACAAUUUAGAUUUUCUUCCUCAGUUUCUGGGGUUUUAUAACCUCAGAAAUGAACAACCUUUCCCCAUGGAUAAGACACCACAGUUCUUGAGAAGAUCUCUGAGUAUUUGUGGCGUUCAGUCCUCAGCCAGUUAGCUGCCAGAUGCUUCAGAAAAAUCUUCAGACUGUUGAUAACAAAGAGGUGGUUCUCCUAUGCAUAAAGUAAAGCUAUUCUUGCUCAGGUUUGUUUUGGAUGCACAGACACAGGAAGAAUCUGAGCUUGAAGGGUGAAUGGUUUUAUGAGGAUGUCAGUCUCAAAUGUGUCACAAUAGAAAUUGAAAUUUAAUGAUGGCUGCGCCUCCAUGUCCCACUAGUAGGAACCCAGUAUUGUAUCCAUUAGUUUUUGUUAACAGAGUUGCACUGCCUUUGAGCGAUUGUACUGUUGCAACAUCAACUUUGUGCUGUAAAUGGUACUGCCACAUAGUGCUUAUUAUUACAAUACCUUAUUCUUUUCAAGACUCGGUACAAACUUGUCAAAAGGUUAGACUCUAUCCAGACAAUUUAAUAUAUUGUUUGCGAGUUUUGAUAUUUAAACUCCAAAAUCUAUUCUCUGAGGAGUUAUGUGUUUAGUUUCUUGUCUGACUAAGAGCCAGAUGAGUCACCAUGUUAAGAUUGUUUUUCAGACUGUCCUAACUGUUUUGAGAAGUGUAUCCUUCACAAAGCUCUGAAUAGAGGAAAAAGCAGAUGAAAGUUGCGAAUUACUAGCCUUUUUCAGUGUUGACUGAUACUGAUUUAUCAACUACUUUUGUAGUAGUUGACACCUAGAGGUACUACCAUUUGAUCAUUACCAUGAACUAAUACAGAGCUAGUUACAAAUUACUGCAUUUGCUGUAGGUGGAAAUUCUAUACAGUACUUAGUGAGAGCUGCUGUAAGAGCCCUAAAGAUUUUGUAAAAGCUGAGCAGUCUGCCAAAUGCAGAAAUGUUAUGUAUUUCAGACUGUGACCAAUAUUCAAUUUAGAGUGGUGAAACGAGACCUGUUUCACUCUGAUUCAGUGUGUUAACACUGUAAAUAAGGGUGGUACUGAUCUUCGCAAACAUGCAGUUCACUUUUAGGUUUUUUUUUUCCCAAGCAUGAUGCUCCAUUCUUUCCAUCCAAACCUUCCAAAUACCUGCAAAUGUCUGUACUAAUAAAUUAUCUAAAAAACCUGUAAGCUCCAUCCUGAAUUGCAGGUAAGCUUUUCUUGGCAAAGUGUGGCUAUGUAAAAAUGCUGAAAUGGUCUAAGUUUCUGGUGCCCACACUAGUUCUGAAUCAGCAGUGAAUGAAAAAUGAGUAGUAGUGGGGUAAGGGAAUAUCCCGAAUGAAAAAUCAACACUUAACCUUGUUUUUUCUUCCUUCUGAAACUCACACCCACAGUUGGCCUUUUUACUAUCUUAAUCAUAACACCAUCUAUUAUCUUCUGCUUCUGGCACUGUCAAACAACUUAAAAAUCUUUUUCUUGCUCUCUCACUUCUGUCACUCCUUUGAACUGUACCCCAUUAAGUGGCUAGAAGAUUUUGACAAGGAGACUUCUAGGAUUGUGUGAGUGAGUAUCCAUGUAGAUCUGCUGUGUUGCCCUAGCACUGGAAGAACUGUGAUAAGUAAAUAAAUCAUUGGCUUUGAAGAGCCAGGUCCCAGAGAACUGCUGUAACUUGUCACACCUGGCAGCACAGUCCCUGUGCGGAGCGCACUGACCCGAAGAGCAUCCUCAGGUGCACAGCAGGCACCUGCCUCGGCAGCGCACGGCCCUCCGCAGUAAGAGCACCGGCUCCAGUUCAGCUCCAGGCCAAGACUGGCACAAGGCAAGGUGAUUCAGUAGCCUGGCUCCUCCCUGCCAGGCUGCCCGCUGCGGCCCCCAGUGCAAUGCCUGCGCCUUUCUUCAAUGAUUUCAUGAGCUCUGCAAAAGCCAUUUAAGACAAUUUGGGGAAAAUGCGUGGCUCCUCCUUUCUUGUUGCUGAGGUACAUAGGAGACCAAAGCAAUACAGGAUUUAUAGGUCUAGAGAGCUUUUUAACAGAAACUUCCAUGAUGGUCCCAUGGCAAAACUAGACUGCUAAAAGCUUUUAAAAAAAAAUGACUCUGGCUAAAGAUAGCCUUGAGCAUUACAGUUGUUAGAGUAACAUCUAUGGCUGUAGUCUGAGGGCGAGCUAUUUACCUCAGUGCUAGGUAAAAAUUUAAAUGGUUGUUUGUAUUGAGGCAACAAACAUGUUGCUGUAUGUGGCAAGAAGUUAAUCUCAAAUCCAUGGCUGCAGUACCUUUUUUUGGGAUAAGAUGCUCUGUAGUGCUCCGUUUUGCACAGAUAUCUAGACAACAUGAUGGGAGGGGGAGAGAGAAAGUGAGAAUGACUUCUUAGCAACCCCUGUAUGUGUGAAAUACAGCUGUUCCUGAGGUACCUGAGCUGCUACUACACCAAAGUCCUUAAUCUGAAACAUACAUACAGUUUAAGCCCCUUGGUAAACUGCUAGUUUGUACUCUGUCACUCUGGAAGGGACCUGUAGAAAGUGCCAUAGUCCUGUCAGCCUUUCUGACUCCCUGGAUACUGGCUCCUGUAUUCAUGCAGUGAUGAGGCUUGAGAAAUCAUGGUUGCAUCAAGCUGGAAUAUUUAUUCACUGGUAUGUGACACUACCCAGGAAGCACAUAAAUGUCGAGCCUAUGUUUAAUAGCUUCGUCCUGAAAAAUAAAACACACUCACCGGAGGAACUUCGUAUAGCACCGAGCGCCUGGGCAUCUGCAUCUCAUGUUUUGGUGUAGGACCUGAGUUGGCAGAGUGUUUUCAAGAUGCUAGUGUAUAUGUCUCAUUGUUCUACACUGAGAUCAGCUUUUGGAAUGGGCUCAGGACCUUGACUCCUUGUGCUGACUGGAAAGCUUCAUCCUCUGAGCUGGCCUCCUGCCUCAGAUGGAUAGGGUGAUACUUUUAUGGACAGGCACUGAACAGUGGUGGGGAAAAUGAUGAUGACUCUGACAAGAACUGGAAACCACCAGAAGAUGACCUGAUCCAGAAGUUAAUAGCACAGAUUGAAUAUUACUUCUCAGAUGAGAACCUUGAGAAAGAUGCCUUCCUUCUAAAGCAUGUGAGAAGAAAUAAGAUGGGCUAUGUCAGUGUUAAACUCCUCACUUCUUUUAAGAAGGUGAAACACCUUACCCGUGACUGGAGAACCACAGCCUAUGCACUGAAGUACUCUGACAUUCUUGAGCUCAAUGACGAUAACAGAAAAGUUAGAAGAAAGACUCCAGUUCCUGUGUUUCCAAGUGAAAACCUCCCUACCAGGAUGUUACUGGUGUAUGAUAUCCACAUGAUAUCUGAGCUGCAGGUUCUUAACCACCAACAAGAAAAUGGAUGCAUGCAAGAAAGGAUAACGGAGCAUCUCCUCAAAGCCUUUCUAAGGUUUGGUGUAAUUUCAUCAGUUCGUAUUCUCAAGCCUGGUAGGGACCUACCACCUGAUAUCAGGAGGGUCAGCAAUCGGUACAGCCAGCUGGGAACUCAGGAAUGUGCAAUUGUAGAAUUUGAAGAAGUAGAUGCUGCCAUAUGUGCUCAUGACUUCAUGUGUGCUGAGAAGAAAGAGAGUGGCAUGAAAGUUGUCCUAAUAGGCAUGAAACCUCCAAAGAAAAAAGUUCCCAAAGACAAGAACCGUGAUGAAGAUACCAGCAAAAGUCUUAAGAAGCCUAGAUCCCUUAAUAAGAGAGUUGAGGAACUUCAGUUUGUUGGUGAUGAAUCUUCAGCAAAUAGCUCUUCUGACCCGGAGAGUAAUCCUACAUCACCAUUGUCAGGACGCAGAAGUACUGCAAUAAAUACUACAAGUAAUUUGAGCCCCAUCAUUCACCCAGCCAACCAUUUGAGUCCUAAUGUGUCACCCAGAUCAAGUCCUUGGAGCAGUCCAUCUUCACUGAGAAAAGUAAUCAAAAAGUCUCCGCUGGCUGAAGACAGCAAGCUUAACUCAAGCACUAGCCCUGAAAUUCCAGGGAAAUGUACGGAUUAUUCCUCGGAUAGCAGUAUCACUCCUUCUGGUAGCCCCUGGGUACAGAGGAGAAAAGCUCAAACAGUAACACACGAGAAGAGUCCCAGCAGUAGCCCCAUGUUGGCUCGGAAAAUACAAAAUGCAGAUGGUCUGCGGGUAGGGGUGCUGCGGCUGCCCAGGGGCCCCGACGGCACUAAAGGCUUCCACAGCGGAUGUGAAAGAAGGAAGGCUGUGAAGAAUGAACGAACUGUUCUUUAACAACAAUCUCACACAGCAGUCAACUGCUUUUGGUCAAGCCUGGUGAAGAAAUGUCACUUGAGUGACUGAGUUAAGUCAGUAUUUAAAAGAUUUUGUAUUCAUAUAGACUUUAUCAUUUGUAUAUUUGUAUAUUCUCUUCACAGAACCACAGAGCACUUGAGGUUGGAAGGCAUCUCUGGAGAUUGUCCAGUCCGCCUCCUCGGCCCAGGCAGGGUCCCCUGCAGCAGGUCACCUUGGGUUUGAGUAUCUGCAAGGAUCAAGACUCCCCGGCCCAUCUGGGCCCUGUGUUCCCGUGUUCAGCCACCCACACAGUAAGAAGUGUUUCCUUACGGUCAGGUGGCAUUUCCUGUGUUCCCAGUUGUGCCCCUGUUCCUGUUACCGGGUGUUGCUGAGAAGCUCCUAGCUCCAUCUUCUUUACCCCUCCCCAUCAGAUAUUUAAAAACAUCAGUGAGAUCUCCUCCUGAGCCUCCUCUUCCCUAGUCAGCCCCAGCUUUCUAGGCCUCUCACAAGAGAGAUGCUCCAGUUUCUUAAUCAUCUUAUGCACUUAUCUAAGGCAAUGCCCUUAUGUGCAUCAUUAUUUUUUAAAAUGUAUUAGUUUGAAAUGCUGCUGUGGUUUAAACCAAGAGGGCAGCAGAACACCAACGCAGGGGAUGGGGGAGAGAACUGCAGGGGUAAAGGUAAGGAGACUCAUAGGUUGAGAUAAGAACCAUUUAGUAAUUGAAAUUACAUAAAAUAGUAAUAGAAUAAUACAAACAAGAAUGCACAGUGCCGUUGCUCACCAUCUGCUGACCACUGCCCAGCCUGUUCCCCGUUAGCAAUCCCAGAGAAGAGAAUCCCAGAAGCGAGCAUGAGCUUCCCAGCCAACUUUCAUCUAUAUACGGAGUGUGACGUUGCACAGGAUGGAAUACUGCACAGGCAGGUGUGGGUCCAGUGCUCUGGCCUUGCUCCCUCCCAGCUUCUCGUACAUCCAUGCACAGGCAGGACAUGGAGUUAGAAAGUCCUCGAUCUCUCAGCAACAGCUGAAAACAUCAGUGUGUUAUCAGCAUUCUUCUCAUAGCAAAUCCCAUACCGAAUCCAAAACACAGUGCUAUUCUAGCUACUAACAAGGAAAAAUUAGCUCUAUCCCAGCCAAAACCAGAACAAAUGCCUAAAUAUAGAAAUAAUUCACGUAACUACAUUAUUUGCAAAGCUACAAGUCUGAAGAGCAGGGUGUAAAUAUGUAGUGUAGUGGUUGUAUUCAGCAAGCUGUGGUAUGCUGCCAGCCUGAUCAUAAGACAUAGAGGUUUGGGAGACUCUGUUUGUCUCAGAGUUCCUUUUGAGAAACUUAGCCUACGUACAGUUAACAGUUGCUCUGCUUGCAUACAUCUCCAAAGAAAAUAUUUAGUAGAACUGAAGUGUAUAUUUUCAUGUAAUGUGAAUGAAGACUGUGAGCGAGCACUGGAGACUGUUCUUUAAGUGCUACCUCAUAUAAUCAGAUGGAAAUAAACAAAAAUAUUAAUUUGGUCUAGUUCUAUUUUGUUUACUUUAAAAAUAAGUUGAGCUGCAUGUGAAUAGAUACUUAAAACCUUAUAACAUGUUAAAUUCUAGAAAUAGCUACUUGAAAUUUCCACUGCAUUCAGGGG